UUUGGAAUACUUUAUCACUACUGUUAUAAAGUACAGCUGCGCUAAUAUUAACUUUCGUAUUUAAUUCGGAGAGUGAAAUAAAACGAAACAGAAGAAAAAGAAAAAAUCAAUACAACUAUAAUGAUGAAUGCUAAGCAAAUUCGACAAGCUUAUAUAGACUUUUUUAAAAGUAAAAACCAUGAAUAUGUGCAUUCCAGUUCUACAAUACCACAUGAUGAUCCAACUUUAUUAUUUACAAAUGCUGGAAUGAAUCAGUUUAAACCAAUAUUCUUAGGGACAGUGGAUCCUAAUAGUGAUAUGGCAAAAUUAGUGAGAGUUGUUAACAGUCAAAAAUGUAUCAGAGCUGGAGGAAAACAUAAUGAUUUGGAUGAUGUUGGAAAAGAUGUUUAUCAUCAUACAUUUUUUGAAAUGAUGGGCAAUUGGUCUUUUGGGGAUUAUUUUAAAAAAGAGAUUUGUACUUGGGCCUGGGAAUUUUUAACUAUUAAACUAAAGUUACCAAAAGAUCAAUUGUAUGUAACUUAUUUUGGAGGAGAUGAAAAGAAUAAUUUAAAACCUGAUGAAGAGUGUAAACAAAUUUGGCUUGAUUUAGGACUCUCUACCAGUCAUGUAUUACCAGGAAGCAUGAAAGAUAAUUUUUGGGAAAUGGGAGAAACAGGUCCCUGUGGACCCUGUAGUGAGAUACAUUAUGACCGUAUUGGUAAUAGAAAUGCAGCACAUUUAGUAAAUCAGGAUGAUCCAGAUGUUUUAGAAAUUUGGAACCUUGUAUUUAUACAAUUUAAUAGGGAGUCUGAUGGAAGUUUGAAACCAUUACCAAAAAAACACAUUGAUUGUGGUUUGGGUUUGGAAAGAUUAGUAUCAGUUAUACAGAAUAAACGUGCAAAUUAUGAUACAGAUUUAUUUGUACCACUUUUUGAUGCAAUACAAAAAGGCACAGGAGCACCACCUUAUCAAGGGAAGAUAGGUACAGAUGAUAAAGAUGGAAUAGAUAUGGCAUAUAGAGUUUUAGCAGAUCAUGCAAGAACUAUUACAAUUGCUCUUGCAGAUGGAGGUGUACCAGAUAAUACUGGCAGAGGCUAUGUGCUGCGGAGAAUUUUGAGACGUGCUGUACGUUAUGCAACGGAAAAAUUGAAUGCUAAACCCGGAUUUUUCGGGUCGUUGGUCAAUGUAGUUGUAGAUCUUCUCGGUGAUAUUUUUCCUGAAGUAAGGAAAGACCCACAGUAUAUAAUUGAUAUUGUUAACGAAGAAGAAGUUCAAUUUCUUAAGACUUUAUUGCGUGGCCGCAAUUUAUUAAAUCGUGCUAUAGUAAAAUUAGAGUCAUCAAAUAUUCUCCCUGGUGAUGUUGCAUGGCGUUUGUAUGAUACAUAUGGUUUCCCAGUUGAUUUAACACAACUUAUGGCUGAAGAAAAGGGAUUGAAAGUGGAUAUGAUUGGUUAUGAAGUAGCAAAAAAGCAAGCUCAGAUUAUUUCUCAAAGUAAAAGUGGUGGAGUAGAUGAUCAAAUAAACUUGGAUGUUCAUGCAAUUACUGAAUUAAAAAAUAAGGGAAUUAAGCCUACAAAUGAUUUACCGAAAUACAAUUACACAGUUACGAAUAACAAAAUAUAUGAAGAAUAUGAAUUUGCUCCAUGUACUGGUACUGUAAUUGCUCUUAGACAGGCAAAGACUUUUGUCGAUAACAUAUCGUCUGGAGAAGAAGUUGGAAUUUUAUUAGAUCAAACAAACUUCUAUGCAGAACAAGGUGGACAAAUAUAUGAUGAAGGAUUCUUAGUGAAAAUUGAUGAUGAAGAUACCGAAGUCCGAAUAAAAAAUGUUCAAGUCAGAGGUGGUUAUGUAUUGCACAUUGGAACUGUAGGUCAAGGAAUAUUGAAAAAAGGCGAUAAAGUUUCAUUAAAUAUAGAUACUACACGAAGGAGGUUUUUAAUGAGCAAUCACACUGCAACUCACGCUCUUAAUUAUGCUCUUCGUAAAGUAUUGGGUACGGAAGUCGAUCAAAAAGGUUCUUUAGUUGCACCUGAUCGUCUUCGUUUUGAUUUUACAAAUAAAGGAGCCAUGACCGCGGAACAAAUACAAAAGACAGAAGAAAUUACAAGAAAUAUGAUAAAAGAGAAUAAAAAAGUUUAUGCUAAAGAAAGUAAUUUAGCACUAGCAAAAACUAUUCAAGGAUUACGUGCUAUGUUUGAAGAGACAUAUCCGGAUCCUGUAAGAAUCGUUAGCAUAGGCAUACCGAUUGAAGAUUUAGAAAAGAAUCCUUUAGGUCCUGGUGCACUGCAAACUAGCGUAGAAUUUUGUGGUGGAACACAUUUGCAUUAUACAGAACACAUUGAAGAUUUCGCUAUAGCUAGCGAAGAAGCUAUCGCUAAGGGAAUUAGGCGUAUAGUAGCUCUUACUGGACCUGAAGCAACGAAAGCUCAGAAAAAAGCAGCUAUAUUACAAAAUUAUUUGGAUCAAUUACAAACAACUAUAGCUGCUGAUAAAAGUGGUGCAAAUACAAAAGAACAUGUAAAAAAAAUAGUCGAUGUAACAGACGAUGUCUCACGCGCUACUAUUUCAAGUUGGAAGAAGGAUAAAAUGCGUAAAAUUUUAAAAGAUUUAAAAAAGGCACUUGACGAUAAAGAACGUGCAGCCAAAACGGCGAUAGCCAAUGCAGUAGUCGACACUAUUCAACAAAUAAUUCAACAAAAUAUUGGGUGUCCAGUAAUGGUCGAGGUUUUAAAAGCAUAUAAUAACACGAAAGCUUUAGAUUCUGCUCUUAAAAAAAUAAAAGCUGUCUCCCCAGACACAAGUGCAUUGCUCAUAAGUGUUGAUCCUGAUGCGAACAAAAUUUUUGCACUUAGUACAGUAUCUAAGUCUGCUAUAAAUAAGGGAUUAAAAGCAAAUGAAUGGAUUCAAAAAAUUGCUCCACUUAUGGGAGGCAAAGGAGGUGGAAAGCCUGAAUCUGCUCAGGCUUCGGGUACCAAUAUAUCAUGCGUACCUAAAUUAGUACAUGAUGCUAAAAAUUUUGCUAAUUCAAAACUUGGUGUAGUAGAAAAUAUUGUAAUUGAAAAUCACACUCAAUUCAAGAAUAAUGAAGAAUCUGUAAAUUUUAAAAGUUCAAAGAACAAAUUAGUACUUUCUGGUAAUGCUGGAAGUAUUAAAUACUAUCGUGCCCAAAUAAUAGCAAAAUAUAGUAGUAAAGAUUUGAUUACUUCACAGCAUAAAAAUAGCGAUAUAAUAACCAAAAGUAUAAAAUUAGAAGGAGAUGGUUUUGAAUUGUCUGAUAGUAGUGCAAUCAUGUUGUAUUUGUCAAACGACCAAUUAAGAUUUUCAAGUGAUCCUUUCACAUUCAGUGAAAUUUUACAAUGGUUAAGUUAUGCGGAUAACCACAUUUUACCAGCUGUAUUUGGAUGGGUUGUGCCAUGUCUUUCAGAAAAUAUACCAAAUAAUAUGAAGACGAAUAUUAAAACAUCUAAGGAAGAUGUUCUUUCUUCUUUAAAGAAACUAAACAAUAUACUGUUGACAAAAACUUAUUUAGUAAGAGAAAGAAUUAGUCUUGCGGAUAUUGCUGUUUUUACUGCCUUAUUGCCACUGUAUGAACAUGUAUUGGAUCCAGCAUGCAGAAAGCAAUAUACAAAUCUAAAUAGAUGGUUUUUUACUGUCUUAAAUCAGCCACAAGUAGUUAGUGUAAUAAAAAAGUUUGAAGUAUGUGAAAAAGCUCGUAAACAUUAA